CCUGAACUAGGACCCGUCACCUGGGGUAUACCUAUGGGAUAGUCGAACGUUUGGGUCCUUCAACCUCUCUUGGAAGGACAGGAUCGACGCCGCCACGAUGCCUGAUUCAUCGUGAUCCAUGGUGUUCUCAGCGGCCUCUCGUCUCCUUGGCCUCGCGUGGGCCUUGGAAGCUUCAGCUUCCUGCCCCGUCCAUGGCUCGCAGCUGCUUCAGCUCAAGGAGGAGCGCCGUGAAGUUCCUCUUCAGCUGGAUCAGCGCUACUUCCACCUUCACAUACCGAAGACGGCCGACGAGGUCGUGACAUCGUUCUUGAGAUACAGCAAGAGUCUCAGCGAAAUCUGUCGGAAGGACCUUAUCGAGGGCCCCUGCCGCGACUGUUGGCUGCAUCACUCAGAAGAUCCCAAGUACCUGUGCCAGGGUGAAAAGGUGAUCGCCGCUUUGCGAUCCCCAAGAGCUCACAUCAUCUCCCUGUUCCAGGAAUGCAAGGCUCAGCCACACCGUGGAACUUGGGAGUUGGGGGCCUGGCUUCAGCACUGGGCAUUGAAGGCACGUCGAGGUGAACUGGCGCCGGUGCGUGAUCGCACGUCCACGGUGGCCGACCAUGGCCCCUACAAGGAUUGCUACAUCCCCUACAACUUCCAGUCCUCCUAUCUGAAGAUCAUCAAUGCCACUCCCAGCUUCCUUGCCAUCGCCGACCUCCUGGACCUCUCAGGUUGUGUCUUUGCAGCGCGGCUCUUGGGACAUGUGCCGGCGAUGUGCUCCCACUGCACUCAUCGUGGCUAUAGCGAUCCGGACAACAGCUACAAGGCGGAAUUGAACAAGAGCGACAUCGAACACAUCCAAGGGCUCACUGAAAUGGAUGAAUCCAUUUUCUGGAAAAGCUACAAGGAGCUGGUGGAGGAGGCGCAACGUCUGGAGAAGCGUUUCGGACGACGGCUGAUUUGCCCCGGCGAGCUGAGCCGCGUCCUCCGGCAUGAGAAUGCGACCCAUUUCGAUCAUCGAGCCAAGCAGCACAAGGAGUUUGACACCUGAGUGACCCAGUCAAGUGCGACCCAGGACUUAAGCAUGUAACACCAUAUGUAACACCUGGUCCUGAAAACCUCCACCAAACUCCUAUGAAAGAUCAGGUCAGAGAGAGACCUGAAGGAUCAAACGGCGCCAUGUUUUUUGCUGGAAAGAUCUGGCGCAUCUGUGACAACGGUGGCCACAGCCACAACUUGGGUUUCACCGCCUGUCCCGCGUGAGCGAAUGAAUGAAAUGCAUACAACGAAGCGCUCCGUGCCAUACGACGGAAGGGGGGUCCAGGCAAACAUUGGUUGCCAAUGGUUUCAAAGACCUAUAGAAGCCGUAGACCCACCAAGGGCC